GUGUCCACUUCCAAUACCAGCCAGUCAUCGAUACUCCCUCCCUCUUCUUGUUACAUAAGUUCUUGUUUAGGCCAUUUGAGCAUAGAAUUCUCAAUCACAAUUUUAAUCUUACUUUUUUUUUUUUAAUUUUACCAGCUAACCAGCCAUCAAGCACACUCCCAGAUGGAUGGUGCAGAGCUUGGUAGCAAAAGAGUUGGAUCAGUUAAAGCUGCUGUUAACUUCUAUGAUGAUAAGAAGCCCUCUUCAAGAACAAGGGAACUCCACAGAGCAAGAAGGGAUAUUGGAAGGUACAAAGAGAGCAAAUGGACUGCAGAAUCUGUAACAGCUCAAGCAGAACCUGAGCUUUCGAAUGCGAAGAAGACAGCAGAACAUCUUUCUUCUAUGAUUGAGGAGUCAAGUUACAAGGCAAAAACACAAAUGAUAGAUGUAGAAAGCCUAGAGAAGAGGGGGAAGAGCCAACACGGGGCAAUUGUUGUUGCAAAGAGAAAUGAGAAUUAUGAGUAUGCACAAGUCAUGAGAGAGUUGGAAUAUCUCAAAAAGGAAUUGUUCAAGCUUAAGCUUGAUGUGGCUUCUGUGAUGGAUCAGAAAUCCAGGGCAGAGAAGGAAAUUGAAGCAUCGAACUCUAAGAUGUUAUCAUGUUUAACAACUGCAGAAGAGCUUAGAAGGGAGAUUGAGGAGGCCAAUGAGGAGCAAGUACUUGCUGAACUAGCUAGGAUCGAGGCUUCGAAAGAACUUGCAGAUAUUGAGGCCCAGAGAGAAAAGGAAGCAAAUCAAUUUUCAUUCAAUUUGGAAAUUGCGAGGAGAAAGUUGAAGGAGGCCAUUGAAGAGAUUGAUGAGUCAAAGGAGCUUGAAAUGAAAUUGGCUGUGACAAUAUCAGAUGUUGAUUUCUUGCAGAACGAGUUAAAGUCAGUUAAGGAUAUGAAUAAAAGGGUUCAAGGAGAUGGGAGUGUAAAGCAAUUGGAAGGAAUUUUCAGGAAAGGGGAGGAAUCAGAAUACUCUAUAGUGUUACAAACUAUAACGGAAGAAUUGGAGGCAGCUAGGAAAGAAUUAGCUUUGGUUAGAGAAGAAGGUUUUCAGUUUAUGGCCUCUAUGGAUGUCAUAAGAAAUGAGUUGAAGCAUGUCACUGCUGAGACAGAUCGGUUGAAGAAGAAGGAAGGGAAAGUGGACUCAACAGUUCAAAAUCUCAAUUCCAAGAUUUUGAGAGCAAAAUCUAAAUUAGAAGCUGUGUCUGCUGCAGAGGAAAAGGUGAGAUCUAUAGUCAUGAGCCUGUCUCAUACUCUUGAAAAGCUGAAGACAGAAACAGCAGAUGCAAAAAAGGAAAAUGAGGAUGUAAGCCAAGAGGUUGCAGCCAGCAAGGAAGAGAUUCAAAAAGUUGAGUUUGAGAUAGACAUGACAGAGGAAAGAUUGCAAGGCAUCAUGCAAGAGCUGGAAGUAGCCAAAGCAUCAGAAGCUCUAGCCUUAGAGAAGCUGAAAACUCUUACUGAGACCACCAUGAGAGAAAGAGCUUUAACAACACAGCAUAGUUCCAUGAUCACUAUCUCAAAAUUUGAGUAUGAGUAUCUAACAAAUCAUGCAGCCUCAGCACAAGAAAUUGCUGAUAAAAAAGUAGCAGCGGCUGAGGCAUGGAUUGAAGCUCUCAAGGCCAGCGAGAAGGAAAUACUGAUGGAAACAAAAAUAGCUCAAAGAGAACUCAAAGAAACAAAACUGGAGCAAGAACAGGAGGUUUACACGAAAGAGAAGAUGCUUUCAAGAAGAGUAGUUAGUAGUAGUGAGGAGUUUGACAAUUGGCCAAGAAAACGCGAGAAGAGUUCAUCCAAGAACUUCCAGAGAGCCAUGUCUAGAAAGAGCAUCAAACUUAAUGGCACUAUAACUCCUGCAAGGGGAGCAAAGUUUCAGAAGACUGCUUCACCUGCAGCUCGGCAUAUCAGUCCUUUUACUAUUAAGAAGAGAAAGAAGGAAUUCAGGACGAGGGAAGUCCAACUUGGUUCACAUACUGUGAGUUCUCAUGGAUAUGCAGUUGCGAGAACACACAAACAUGAUUGGCUCAUUCUCUUGCUCCUCGUGUUGAUUGUUAUUGGCCUGUACGUUAUCCAUCCUUUCCAUCGCUUUGUUGGGAAGGAUAUGAUGACUGAUCUCAAAUAUCCCCUGAAGAGUAAUACAGUUCCUGUAUGGGCGGUUCCUAUUUAUGCAGGUUUAUUGCCUAUAGUGAUCUUUGUUGUUGUCUAUAUUCAAAGGAGAGAUGUCUAUGAUCUUCAUCAUGCUGUGCUAUGUCUAUUGUUCUCCAUUUUAAUAACCUCAGUAUUUACUGAAGCCAUAAAAAAUGCAGUAGGUCGACCUCGUCCGGACUUCUUCUGGCGAUGUUUUCCAGAUGGAAAGGAUGUUUAUGAUAAAUGGGGAGAUGUCAUUUGUCAUGGUGACAAAAAGGUCAUAAAGGAAGGAUAUAAGAGUUUCCCAAGCGGCCAUACUUCAUGGUCUUUUGCUGGUCUGGGUUUUUUAUCAUUGUACUUAUCUGGAAAAAUAAAAGCAUUUGAUCGCAAAGGUCAUGUUGCAAAACUUUGCAUUGUUUUUAUGCCACUACUUUUUGCAUCACUUAUUGGCAUUUCUCGAGUUGACGACUACUGGCACCACUGGCAGGAUGUGUUUGCUGGAGGUCUUUUAGGGCUUACAGUGGCUACAUUUUGCUAUUUGCAGUUUUUUCCUCCUCCUUAUCAUUCUGAAGGCUGGGGUCCUUAUGCAUAUUUUAGGAUGUUGGAAGAAUCACGUGGUAUGACCCAAGUUCCUACUGUUCAAAAUUCUGGUCAAGAGCUGUUAGCAGAGGCUCAGGUUGAGAGCCAAGAGGAACAAGGUCUCCAUGGGUGUAUGGGGUUAACUUUAUCACGGGAUCAUAAUGCAACAUUUGAUGACGUUGAAUCUGGGAGGGGAUAAAGUCUGUACAUUUCAUGAUCUUGCUCACUGUAAAAUGUAAAUCAGAUGUUAGUUCAUAUCCUAGGAUUUUAACCAGUACAUAAAACUAACACAUUUUGUUGAAUAAUUGUUUCCAUUCAGUCACUAGUGUCUCUGGAAACUUUGAAGCGUAGUUGUUUGUAAGAGUGAGGUUUGGGACAAUUAACCUUUGUUAUUUCAAUAUUUUGUUAAUAUGUUGACAUAAGAAAAUACGAAAUCUCUAGAAGAUUGCCAUUUAUUCAAACA